AUGGCGCCCUUGAACAACAAUGCGGCUCAGGGGUACUACAGCGGCCUCGAGGUCGAUGAGAGGUCAGGCCAUGGGGCCAGAUGGGGCGUGGAGGACGGCGCGGAUGCCCGUGUAGCGGACCAGAACAGCCUGCCCGAAGUUCGCAACCACGACGGCCAGUUCCCAGAAGUCACCCAUCAGUAUGGCCACGAUUACUCGAUAAUGCAGCCCGUCCACUCGAUGGACGGCAGCCCCGCGGCGACAUACCAGAAUGGGGCCUCCUACGAAACCGGAUACUACGCGCCGAAAGAUCAAACCCCGCCUGAGGUCGUGACGGAGAAGACUGAUGAGAAGAAGCAGCCCAGCACGAUAUGCGGCCUCCGGAAGAAGGUCUUCUGGAUUAUUCUGGCUGCUGUGCUUGUCAUCAUUAUCGGCGCAGCUGUAGGAGGAGGCGUCGGCGGCGCAAUGUCCGCACAGAACAGCUCGCAACAAUCGAGCAGCUCUUCGGGAAGCCCAAGCGAUAGCGGGAGCGGAAGCGGAGGCGGAAGCGGCAGCGGCAAUGGCGGCGGAGGCGGCGGAGGCGGCGGAAGUAACGGCGACUCGAACAACUCCACGACGAGCGACAUGGACAUACUUCCCAGCACGAACCUCGGGGCCCUCAAUUUCACCGAUGCGUAUGGUUAUGUCAACCAUCUGGUGUUCUACCAGGUUCGCUCAAAUAACCUUAUGAUGGCGUCGUGGAAUUCAAGCACAAAAGUCUGGUCCUCGAGCGUCGCAAAUAAGGACAGCAACAUCAAGCCGGGCACUCCAAUCAGCAAUAGCUUGUUCUGGCAUAGUAAUAUCACCCGCGACGUGCGCAUCUACUACCUAAACAACGAUAACCAGGUCGCUGGCCAGAUCAAUGCCAACCCAGUCUACAGCAUGACUUGGGAUAAGUCCGGGGUCUCGGAAACGUUUACAGCACGCCCCAAGUCGCAAUUGCUCUCGAACGGCAUAUACAGCCCCGACUCGUACCUCUCCAACUUGGUCAUCUACCAAGAUUCGGGCAAUACUCUUCGCGUACUCCGACGAACUGGCGGAAAGACGGACUGGCUAGCCGUGGGUAUCUCCACCGACUUUGGCAAGCCCGCAGAAGGCACCGGGUUGUCCUUGAUCCCCAUCUACACAACAGAGCCGACGAAAAGAAUGAGCCUCUUCUAUACUACCGAGUCGGGCUCACUUACUCACUUGACCCUCACGAACGACAAUGACUGGAGCAACAACACAUUGCCCACAACGCUCGAAACCGAUGCCACAAUCGCGGCCUUCUCGAGCGGCUACAACAACACCAGCCUCGUCAUGCACGUCUUGGCGACACAAACGAACAAGGCACCGGUGCUGACGACGUACGUUGAAGGGGAAUGGUCGAAUGCGGGGGAGAUUUCGACCAUGUCGGGUGACGACAGGCCAUUCAAGAUAGCUGCUAACUUGGCUGGGAGAGUCUACGGCCUGGUGCAGAGGAGUAAUGAUAGAGUUGAGAUCGUGGAAUGGGAGUGGAUUGGGGGUACAACAUACAACAAAAUCGGUGUGAUAGACACAGUAUCAUGA